CUUCCCCACCCAUCUGACAAGAAGAGAGUUCCGGGUUCUUUCCAGCCGAGAGCUACUCGCUACUCCAACUGUUGCUGCUCUUUCAUCGCGGCGUUUAUACGGCAGCGCUAUGUCUCUUUUACUGGACAACCAAUUCAAAGAGCUGCCUCCUGACAAGUCGGUGGACACAAAGUUGUUCCUGGACACUGUUUCUCAUAUCCCUGCAUUCUUUGACUGCUUGGGAUCAACAGUGUUUUCAGUCAUCAAAUCCGACAUUAAUGGCAAUAUAACGAAAAUUAGAGGAGUAUAUAUGAAGGAUCCUGCAAAGUAUGUCACCCUGCAGGAUAUCCUGGUGGCAGAGCGAGAAGCCCAUGCAGCAGAGUGGCCUAAAGUUGGAGCAACAUUAGCUCUGAUGUGGCUGAAAAGGGGUCUCCGUUUCAUACAGAUCCUGCUGCAGAGUUUGGCAGAUGGAGACAGGGAUGAGAACAACCCCAACCUGAUUCAGGUCAAUGUCACCAAAGCCUACCAAGAGGCGCUGAAGAAAUACCAUGGCUGGUUUGUGCAGAGGAUUUUCCAAGCAGCGUUACACGCAGCUCCCUACAGAUCAAACUUUCUCAAGGCACUGUCGAAGGGAGAGGAAGUGAAGGAGGAGGACUGUCUGGCAAACGUGCGUCAGUUCCUGGUUAAUUACACUGCCACUAUAGAUGCCAUCUACGACAUGUACACAGAUCUAAACGCAGAGCUGGACUACACUGUUUGACGGCCCAGGACAUUCACUGGACUGGACAGGGCUGCAGUGGUGGUACUGGCAGCAGUAAUGGCGGUGGUGGAACAUCGAGGCUUUUGGGUGUGCAGGCCAGAUGCUGCGACGAGAGGUUCUGCCGUCUCUGGAUACAGGCCAGCAUGUUAGUUCACUAGGGCUGUACACAGCCUGGGUAAACCUGCUAGAAUAAAGGGGAAAACAAUGGUUUUCACUUUAUAGCCAAUACUAUGAACACCAAAGGUAAUGCUGAUUAAACAAGACUAAAAGCAACAGCGUUUUGGGCUAAAUGCUAACUUCAGCAUGCUAAUAUUGUCAUGAUGACAAAGCUAACAUGCUGGUGUUAAGCAGGUAUAUGUAAAUCACGUUCAACGUUAGCUACUUAGCACAUUAGAGUAUCAAUUGAGGCUGAUGGGAAUAUCAUUUGUUUUGCAGAUAUUAGGUCAUAAACAAUUAAUUUAAAUUUUGAAUGGCGGUAUUUAAAUUCUGAAUGUCAGUAUCAAAAUUUCAUGGCAAUCCCAUCAAUUAGCCAUUGAGAUAUUUCACAAAAAAACAAAAAUGUCAGCCUUGUGGUACCACUGAAGGUAAAGUCAGAGGACCAGCAAAGUCUGUAAGUCUCAUUCUCUAAAGACCACAAAUGCCUGUAUGAAAUUUUAUGGCAUUCAGGGCUGUAGUUGUUGAGAUAUUCCAGUCUGGACCAAGGUGGUGGACCAAUACUGUCAUCCAUAAAGAAACAGUGCUAGCAUGACUUAGAAACCUUUAUCCGAUUGCAUUGUCAUGCCACAUAGAUCUGAGGAUCACUGGAAAGAAAGUAGAUGCCAACUUAAAGUUUGGAAGAAAAAUCAAAUGAUAAGCAAUACAUUCAAACUCUUGCAUCAAACAUCAAUUUGAAGAAAACUGCAGGCAUGCACACCACACAAAAACCCCAUAGGAGACUCUCCUCUUUCAAAAACAUUGCUUCCACGUUACUUCAGUAGCUUAGAUAUCUUAAAACUCUUCAACGUCUUGGGUCCUUUUACCAUAUUAAAACUCCGAAGCCCCGCUUUGAACUGCCGAGACUGUGCAUUUAAGAAAGUAAUAUCACUUAAUGAUGACUCCAUCUCCUCCCCCUGCUUAGUUGUUAUGAUGGUUCUUUCCUGUUAUCAACCUUGGUCUGUCGGCUGCAAUCACACAGAUCAUUUACAAGGCCUCCUGUAGCCUCAGGCUGUGUGUUUCAAUUUGUAACUAGCCCUGAGACCUGGGUUCCUUGUUCCAUAAAUUUAUGGCUGUAUUGAUCAGCAGAGAAAGCCAAAACCAGCUCACUCCCUAAAAUAGGCUGGGCUGUUUGCAGAGUUAAGUAUUGUCGGAGGAAAUGAGAGGCUGGGUCUGAAAAAGAAGGCGCCUCUCCACAGCUGUGCUGAUUGAAGCAAUCACUCUGAAAAGAAAGCCAGGCAUUGGGGGAAUAUUUCAGAGAUAAUCGCAUUUGACAUUCUCUUUGAUUAUCUGAAAGAGUCAGCAAAUCUGAAAGCUAGCACUGCAAAACUAAAAAACCUGGGGCUACCAUAAAAUACUUAUUACCGUAUGUAAAUCAGGUAUCUUGUAGACCAACAACUGCAAUCAAUGCAAAAUAUGACAGAUGUGUGGCCUAUAAGUCUGUCGUUAAUGGUUGAUAAAUCCAAUGAUUGCUAAUAGAAAGAGACACAGUAGGCCUAUUUUCAUUUCAAGACAGUAGUCCCCAACAAGGGUGAUAUAAGCCUGCAGCAUACAGCUGUCAGACUGCCUCUUUUUCUCGUUUGGUUUUUCAGUUCUUCAGGAUUUUUGCCUUCAUUUCUCCCUCAGGGUCCAGGGGCCAGCUAAAGUGAGUCAACCACAGAACAGAGUGUUCAGUGAUGAGCUGCAGAAACAUGAUUACCUUCGCCUCAAAAAGGAAGAAGAGACAGAGUGGCUUUCAUUUUACUCAGGUGCCAGCCCUCGCUCUUCUCUUCCUCGUGCGCCCGCUUCCCCUCCUCCGCUCAACAUCUGUCCCUUGGUGACAAGCCCACUUCAAAACUGCUCGGUGCAACCUGUCUCGUCUGAGCACACACAUCUGAGGAGCUAAAAGCCUCGGCAUGGUCAGAUUCCAUUUUGGAAAUAAUAGCAGUUUCACAACAACCCCUUCCAUUACCACACAUUUGUCGGGAGGGAGGUGCCGAAAACGCAGAAGGAACACAAGAGAGAAAAAAGUAUCUCCAGGGAAAUCCCUUCACUAGCAGAAAAUGAGACGUGAAUUGGAAUACCUUCCAUUACCCCCGUAAUUUGCAGCUGGAAGAAAAUACAUCAAGGAGGUCAUUAUAAUUCAAAGGGAGGCCAGCAGUGGCUUUGAGAAAAAAAAGUUUCACUGAAAGCAGAAACGGGAGCUAGAUACGAUGCAUAAAGUACAAGUAAUGAUGGUUUCUUUCAUCCCUGCUAUCUAAAUUUUAAAUUUAAAGAGAUUUUAUGAAAACUUAAGCUUAAAAUUGCCUUCUUGCUCUUGAAUAGAAUUACCCGAAAAAGGGAAGAGAGAUAAGAGAUGAAAGCGCUCCCAGAAUUCAUGAUAAUAUCUGGGCUAAGUUCUCAAGCAAUAUCAGUUCUCCAUUUAAUGUUCUGCUCAACAAAAAAAGUUCUGUGUCUUGCACUUUCUUAUGAUGUCAUAUCAAGAUUUCUCACAACUGUGACUGCUGAAAUUAUAUCUGACGACGGCAAAGUAACUGUCAGCAAUCUUAAAAAUGGCAGUCAUUAUUGUAGUUCAACUCAACCUUCACAAAUAAGGUCAAAGAUCUUUGUCAUUAACAUAAUAGUCAGUGUGUUACUCUCCGUCCAAGACAGUUUGCUUCAAUCAGCUGCUCAAUCAGCAGCUAGUCUUUAUGGAACACAUUAUGGUAGAGGUUAUAAACCAUAUAUCUCACGUUUCACAUUUACCCCAAAGCCCAUACUUUGGCACUUUGAGCGUCUUACAAGUUCACUUCCUCAAGGACUUCUGUAACACGCAUAUUAAGGAGAAGGACGCAAAGUUUAAGCUGCAAGGACGUCUAAUCCUCGCCACUCUCGGGUGACAUCCACACAGCUGAUAAGGCAGCGUGAUGUGGUCCGCUGAGGGCGUGCCAGUGAGAUAAAGACCUUUUGCUUCGCAGUCCAUCUGACUGUCCCCCCCCAGUUUCCCUGAUAAGGUUGUUUUGGUAGACAUGUUUAUUUUUAAGCCUCUUCCCUCAUCAUUGACAGGAUUUAAAAUGCCUCAUUUUCUAAUGUCAUCCAUCCUGGGAUCAGGAAUGGGGCAUUUUCUGAGAAGAUAAGGUCAACUGAGGGAGCCAUAAGGGAAGUGAUGGAGAGACUUUAUAAUGGCUGCUUCAGUUUAGCAGGCAGAUAGCUGAUGCCUUACUUGUUAUUAUUUUAAUAGCAUCUGUUCAAGAAAAAAUAUACCCUAUAGCUAAUUUUCUGGAGACAGCUAUUGAUGCAUUGUCAUCAAACUAGCACAAAUCAUAUACAUGCUAUAAUAGGGAGCCUGACUUAUGUUAAACUGCAGACUGUCUAUGCUAUUUCUUUGGAUAAUAAAGCUGGGUAUGCAUGAUUACCCACACAAUA